UUUAGAUUUGACAUUUGACCUUCAAAAUCAUCUACGUGUUCUCAGAAAUUCAAAUCUGACUUUAGAUUUGACUUAAGAUUUGACAUUUGACCUUCAAUGACCUUCUCAAAGUCAAAAAAGGUCAAAAAGGUCUUUUUUCAACUUGCUUCAAAUUGACUAAUUUUUUUUUCAAAAUCAUCUACAUGUUCUCAGAAAUUCAAAUCUGACUUUAGAUUUGACAUUUGACCUUCAAUGACCUUCUCAAUGUCAAAAAAGGUCAAAAAGGUAUUUUUUCAUCUUGCUUCAAAUUGACUAAAAAAGGAAGUCAUGGCGGAGCAUUCUGGUGUAUUCUGGGUAGAUGCCUCCAUUCGUUUAAAAGGCAAUAAUACAGAUAGACUCUGGGAGAAACUUCAAAUAGGCAAGGGAAUGGUGUUUUUCGCAUCAGCUUUCGCCCAUUCAAAUUUUGCGACGACCCGAGCGGGGAUGUAUGAUUAUCUUCCAACUGAUAAAGAGAAGAUGAAGGACCUGGGCUCAAUCGGAGCCACAGCGAUGCUGCUUUACAACACUAAAUUCGUUUAUGAACAUUAUAUAAAAUGGUGGGUGUUAUGUGCAUUAAAUAGGUACUGUAUUGCACCCGAUGGGUCGAGAAAAUACUGCGACCCUUACGACACAUACGAGGAAAAAUAUCAUUUCUAUAGGAAUUGCCACAGAUUCGAUCAAGCAG